AUGGAAGGCGGCGGAGGAGAAGAAGCCGGCGAUGGCCAGCAAGUCAAGGCCGUCGCGACGGCCGGCGGCGGAACACGCGGCCUCGGCGGAUCUGGAUCUGGAGGCCCUCGCCGUGCUCUGGCAGCCAGGUUUCGUCCUCGUCCGCCCUCAAAGACCAAUCGGGUUCGGCGGAGCGGCGUCGGAGCAAAAAUUUCCAGGUACCUAGAGCUGGUAGAUGGAGCAGGGGUUGGCGGUGAAGCCGGUGUCGGGCAUGUAGGCAUUGUACCCUGCGGUGGAGCGGCUCAUGGAGCUGGGCAGGACGGCCCGGCGGCAAGUGCUGGGCAAAACGGCGCACCGGCAGGUGCCGGGCAAGCUAGUCUUGGGGCUGACCAGGACGCCGUGGAGAAGACAAGCAAUUCUACUACUCCGUGA